UUUAUUUUAACUUUUUCAGCUAAGAGCUACAAUGGAUGAAGUGAGAAUUGUUCUGUUGGGUAAGCAAGGAGCAGGAAAGAGUUCAUCAGGAAACACUCUUAUGGGUCGUAACCAGUUUCGAACUGCAGCCCACACUGAUCGAGUAACUCAGACCUGUUCAGCCCAAACAUCCACUAUAGGCCAGGAAAAGAUCACGGUGGUUGAUACACCUGGAUGGCCCGAUUCUUCAUCUGAGACUGAAAUCAAGCAGGAGAUCAUGAAAUGCAUUGACAUGUGCAGUCCUGGACCUCAUGUGUUUCUCCUGGUGUUGCCCCUCGGAAGAUUUACUUACGAAGAGAUAAAAACAAUCAUCGAUAUUAUGACUGAAUUUGGCCCUGAAGCUUACAAACACAUGCUACUGCUGUUCACCAGAGGAGACGAUCUGGAGGGGAAGACCAUUGAAGACUACCUUAAAAAUACACAAGAAGACCUAAAGAAAAUACUUGAGAUGUGUUCUGGAUAUCAUGUGUUCAACAACAGAGACAAAAACAAUUACAGUCAAGUUUCUUUUAUUUUACAGAAGAUCAAUCGUAUGGUUGAAAACAAUGCUAAAAACUGUUACACUAAGACUAUGUAUCAAAAUAAAGAUCAACAAAAAGAACAAGAGGCAUGGCGAAGAAAAGAAGAGAAUUUGGCACAAAGCAAAUAUUCCACUAGACAUAAAAAUAGAGAAACAAGACGAGGGAAAUACAGUGAAAUGAAUCAGAAAAGAGAAAUACAAAGCCAAAUAAAAGAAGUGAGCCAAAAACCAGCCAAAAGACCUGAAGAUCAUGUCAGAUUUGAUAUUAAAGAAGGCCAACAGCUGGCUCGGGUUUGUGAGCCUUUGGGCAAGAUCAUGAAAAAGAGUCUUCACCAAUAUAAACAGUCCGAGCACUGCAGUUUUCCAUCAAAAAAGACUCGUAUUGUCCUGGUUGGUAAAACAGGGAGUGGGAAGAGUGCCACAGGAAAUACAAUCCUUGGAAAGCAGGUUUUUCAACAAGAAUCAAGCUCCAAGUCAGUGACCAGGCAAUGCAAGAAGGCUACUGAAAUUGUUGGUUAUAAAGAAAUCACAGUGGUGGACACUCCUGGAUGGUGUGAUACGGAGCUAUCUGAUGAAGAGCUUAAGGAGGAAGCAGUCAAGUGCAUCGACCUGGCCUACCCUGGACCUCAUGUCUUUCUACUUGUGUUAAAGAUUGGUCGUUUCACCAAUGAAGAGAAAAAAACAGUCCAGAAAAUAAGGGAUGUCUUUGGUGAAGAUUCCAAUAAAUACACAAUGAUCCUGUUCACAAGAGGUGACGAUCUGGAGGAAAACAAACGCAUCAAUGACUAUGUAAGUGAGGCUACAAAAGAUCUUAAAGCUUUAGUUGAGGAGUGUGGGGGCAGAUAUCAUGUUUUCAACAAUAGAGAUGAAAACCGUCACCAAGUAUCAACACUCCUAAAGAAGAUCCAAGAUAUGGUGAAAACCAACAAUGGCCAGUGCUUUUCUAACACGACAUACCAACUAUUACAAAAAUACAAAACAAGAGAAGCUGAGUUAAAGGAGCAAAUCCAAGCUGCUGAGAGGGAGAAACAAGCCAAAGAAGAAAAGUUAAAAGAACUGGUGAAGGAGAAUCAACACUACAAGAAGAGAGAGGCAGAGCUAGAGCAACAAGUACAACAACAACAACAACAACUACAACAACAUAAUUAUGUCAGAAAAUUGGUUGAACAGUUUACAAUGAAGUCUACAGAAGACACGCAAAGGCAAAAAGAAGAAAGUGGAAAACUAGCUGAACUAAAACGGCAGCUGGAAAAAGAAAAGGCUGAAAGGGAAGCAAUGUAUAAGCUUCUACAAGAAAAGUCAAGUUGCUGUAUUUCAUAA